AAUGAAGAAUAGUUUCUGCCUUCACAGUCAAGCCGCAGCGGAUGGAGCUACGUCCGUGAAGAAUAGGACGCGUUUUUGUUUAAAAUGCGUUGUUUUGCACGUAAAGAAAGUGCGUUUUUUGUUUUAACUACAAACUAUUCCAUGAUUUGAUUUCGUCCUUGCCAAAUAUGUCGGCCGUGGAGGAUGCACAGAGCCCGGAGCAGCUGAAUAAAUUUGAGAAACUGUCAGGGAGUCCUCCGUUCCGAGUGGCAGGCUCUAAGAAGAAAGCUCGCUGGCUUCAGGCUCGACGAAUCCUCGCUCAACCUUGCUCCAGCCUGCGGAUCCCUAACAGGUUUUUAAGAGAAGGUCUCAGAGCCCCCCCGGCACGGAGUGGACACCGCUGCGUCGCCGACAACACCAAUUUAUACGUGUUCGGUGGCUACAACCCGGAUUUCGAUGAGUCGGGCGGCUCGGAGAACGAGGAUUACCCUCUUUUCAGGGAGCUCUGGAGGUAUCACUUUGCAACAGGGACGUGGCAACAGAUCCGCACAGAGGGCUAUAUGCCUACAGAGUUGGCCUCCAUGUCAGCUGUUUUGCACGGUAACAACCUGCUUGUGUUUGGCGGCACUGGAAUCCCGUUUGGAGAAAACAACGGGAACGACGUUCACGUAUGCAACGUCAAAUACAAGAGGUGGUCGCUGCUGAACUGCAGAGGGAAGAAACCCAACCGAAUAUAUGGACAGGCAAUGGCCAUCAUAAAUGGCUUCCUGUAUGUGUUUGGAGGAACAACAGGCUACAUUUACAGCACAGAUCUGCACAGACUGGACCUCACCACACGCGAGUGGAUUCACCUCAAACCGUACAACCCUCCGGACGAACUGCCUGAGGAGCGAUACCGACAUGAGAUCGCACAUGAUGGACAGAGGAUAUACAUCCUAGGAGGAGGAACCUCUUGGACAUCCUACCCUUUAGACAAGAUUCAUGCAUACAAUCAUGAAACAAAUUGGUGGGAGGAGAUCACAACGAAGCCCCAUGAAAGAAUAGGAUACCCAGCUCCCAGGAGAUGUCAUAGUUGUGUCCAGAUAAAAAAUGAUGUAUUUAUAUGUGGAGGUUAUAACGGCGAGUUGAUCCUGGACGAUUUGUGGAAGAUCAACCUGCAGACGUUCCAGUGGACUAAACUACCUGCGGUGAUGCCCGAGCCGGCGUAUUUCCACUGUGCUGCUGUCACACCGGCCGGCUGUAUGUACAUCCACGGAGGCGUGGUGAACAUCCACGAGAACAAGAGGACUGGCUCUCUGUUUAAGAUCUGGCUGGUGGUACCGAGCCUGCUGGAGCUCUGCUGGGAAAAACUGCUCAAAUCUUUCCCUCAUCUGGCUCAGCUCUCGACAUUGCAGCUACUUAACCUGGGCCUAACACAGGAACUCAUCGAACGCUUAAAAUGAGGACUAGCGGCUGUCGCGCAAUCGAUUUUUGGAACCAGAGGACGGACGACACACUUGAGCCAGUGUCUGAAGAUAAGGAAUAUGUCCUUAUGAUGUAGCCUGCCUUAAAACCAAAAACAGUGGGAUGGCCGCUGCCUUUUUCUUCGUCGUCCUUUUUUUUUUUUUUUUUUUUAAUUAUUUAAAAAGAUCAAGUAGAAAGUGGUCUUUCAGGUUCUCCGUCUCGACUCUCCGUUACUUUGACCUACGCUGACUGCGGAUGGGAUGAACUCUGAUUGCCUUCGGAUACACGAGAGAUGCAGCUCAAGGAAGGUUUUUAUUUCUGCUGUAACUAAAGCUAAAGAAAGACAACGUCUCACUGAACAUGUGCAAUGCCAAACUGGAUUGUGUAGCAUAGCGGAUAAUUACUAUGCUGAUUAGGCUUACGUGAAAUAUUGUUUUGUUCAGCAAUCACACAAACACUGCUUUGAAAUCCAUCCUUUUUUCCCCUUUGGUUAAUUUAUUUCUACACACACAUCAUAUUGUCCUUGGGAAUUCCCUCGUAUUCCUUGUAUUUUCCGUUCAUUUGUCUCGUCUGAAUCUUUAUUCACUGUGAAUAAGGUGCUCUUUAAUUUACUUUUAAUGCUUUUAAUAAUAAUAAAACACUUUUUUUCUUCUU